UCAACUGGUAGAAUGAAAGGUACUGCGAUCGUAGAAUCGCCGUUGUUGCACUACCUCGGUUAAAUAUGUGGCGAGCUGGGGUGGAAGCGUUUCAGAAGUCCAUUGGGAUGAAACACGGACUGCUACACUAUCUCACUGUAGACGCAUGUGUUCGUUGAACUUCAGACGUACCUAGCUUCUGCUCAUCAUUUCCUCUGUAUUCAUGUCUUCAAUGUGCGCUGAUCAGUAUGGCGAUACCAAGGCGCCUUGUUCUCCUUCUCACAGGUACUUUUCUACUCUUGAUUGUCGCGACGCUGCUGGGGACCACGAUUGAGAUUCGCGCCCCGCCGCCGAAGAUGAUGGCAGUAAAGCUUGCGCAAGCCGCGAAAUACGGAGAAUCCGAGCGUGAGGUUGCUGCAAAAGCGCUGCUGAACGGCACCGACUUCGAUCGCGGAGACAUCCUGAACGGAACCGCCAUUGCAUCAGUAGCGUACACGCCCACAAUGACCCGAACCGAUGAGGGUAUGAUUGGAGACCAGAAGACGCCAGCACCGACAACUAGUUCGGUGGACGAAGGCUAUAUCGAGCCAGACUCGAGCUCAUUGCCAGCCGCGAUCCCGACUCCACCACCCGCCGCACAAAUUCCAAUUCUCGCUCUUUCGUACUCUGGUUCUGGCGGUCCGAAGCACUGUCGCGGCAGCCUGCUGCAGAAGAUGGCUUUUGCGCGACCUGCAGCGCAAUGGAAGGGCGGCGCGUGCAUCAAUCUCCCCAGCGAAGCGCGCUGCGGCGUCUUCUAUUCAGAGAAGGGCGAUAAUUGCGAAGCACAGCUGUUCAACGAACUGGAAUGCUAUAACACAACGAUGACGUACGUCAAUACAGUUGUGUUUAUGCCGGAAGAGCGAGCUGUUGGUGCGCUGUGGAAGAGCAUGUUCGUGAGGUGCGGUGUUGAUGUACCGGAGGCCAAGAUGCUGGAUCCUGCUAUUCUUGGUGGAGCACUGGGGCCGAAGAAGCCUCCUGCUGGAUGAAGUGCCGCGAGAACAGGCGGCAGAGGGUCUAAAAGAGAUACAGGGCCAUGGCGAAAUGCGUCAUCCAACGGUUGUCACAACGAGCGAGCGUGGUCAUUGCGGUGCCAUGCGGUCAGCAUUGAGAUGAACGGAAAGUUCAAGAUUUCUAGGGGAACUUUGUUGCGGUCUAAAGCGUCAGCUGUGGGCGCUCAACGCCCCACUUUGACCUCAGCGCAAAAUUCUCCCCGGUCUGCACGAGCGAACAAUUGAAUUCGCUCUAGCUGAACAGUGGAUGAUUCUUGUAAGGGAUAAUAGACGACGUAAAUUUGACGAUCGUCAUCAACAUCAUCCGUUAUGGUCUAGGUAAGCUCAAUUCAUUCCUCUCUC